CCGGUCUGACGCCGUCACAGCCGCGUCCCGGCGCCGUGACGUAAUCCCGCUGCUGCCCGCUUCCAAGAUGGCGGCGGCGAAAGGCCUACGGCUGGCUGGCUGGCGUCUUUGGCGGGGCCGCGCCGCGCUCCAGUGCCAGCUCUACCCACCACAGCGUGCUCUCCAGGCCUCAGCUGUGCUGAGGAGUGUCUUUGAUGAGCAGAAGGAGCCACUGGCAUCGUCUUCUCAGCAUCAGUUCGAUUCACAUCCAGCUGAUCACCAGCCUGAGCAGGAAUGUCAAGGCCGUUGUCCCAGUUACACUGGCCAGGGCGGCCAGGAGUCUGAGGACUAUGAGAGCGAGGAGCAGCUGCAGCACCGAAUCCUCACAGCAGCGCUGGAGUUUGUGCCUGAACAUGGCUGGACUGCAGAAGCCAUUGCAAAGGGAGCCAAGAGCCUGGGUCUCUCUGUUGCUGCUGCAGGGAUGUUUUACAGUGAUGGCAGUGACCUGAUCCUGCACUUUGUGUCUGAGUGCAACACCAAGCUGUCUGAGCUGCUGGAGCAGGAACAAAAGCUAGUGCAGUUGGGCGAAGCAGAGAAGAAGCCUACAGAUCAGUUCCUGAAGGAUGCUGUGGAAGCCAGACUGAGGAUGCUGAUUCCAUAUAUUGACAAAUGGCCCCAGGCUCUGAGCAUCCUGUUGCUCCCACGUAACAUCCCGUCCAGCCUUAACCUCCUCACCAGCAUGAUUGAUGAUAUCUGGCAGUAUGCUGGAGACCAGUCCACAGACUUUAACUGGUACACCCGUCGAGCUGUACUCACUGGCAUCUACAACACCACUGAACUGGUGAUGCUGCAGGAUUCAUCCCCUGACUUUGAGGAGACUUGGCGCUUCCUGGAAAACAGAGUAGCUGAUGCCAUGAGCAUGGGCAAUGCAGCUGAUCAGGUACAGUCAACAGGAAAAGCAGUUGUCCAGGGCCUGAUGGGAGCUGCAGUUACUAUCAAGAACCUGGUGGGGCUGAACCAGCGCCGGUGAGGAGAGACGCGGCGGCGCGGGAGCGGGCCCGGCCCUUCCCCGGCACCAAUAAAGUCACUCUGCAGGGUA